AAGGAGGGACGUCCCAAAGAAGGGUCUUUGAGGAAGGGGUGGGGGGCGACGUCAGGAGGAGGCUCCCAGGGGCUGUCUCAGGGGAGCGAAGGUUUUCUGGGAACAGCUGGGGUCUUCAGUAGAUAGACCACUGUGCAGGCUGAGGGAGGUACUUCUUGGCGCAAGGCCUUGGGUAGGCAGGGGCGAAGUCCUCGCAGAAGUGGGGGGGAGGCCAGAGGAAGUGGCUGGGCCUGAACUGGCACUGUGCCUGACACAAGGGCUUGUGCAUCCCCCUAGUCUUCAGCUUUGCCUUCUGAGCCAGUCCUCAGGGGCAGGGGCCCUUCUCUUCUUCCACCUCUUCUGUUCUCUGACCCCUGGUUACCUGUGGCCCUGUGGAACGAAGAAGAACCAGUGCCUGAUCCCAGGAGUGGAACCCAAGCACUGGUGAUAGAGUUCAUCUUAGUUCCUGAGAAUUGGAUUUAUUUCCCUGUAUCCACAUAAAAGUUCAGGAGCCCUGGAAAGGAGAAGGAAUAAGACGACAGGAGGAAGAGAGAGAGAGGGUAGAAUGGAAGAAUCUCACUUCAAUUCUAACCCGUACUUCUGGCCUUCUAUCCCCACAGUCUCAGGACAGAUUGAGAACACGAUGUUCAUCAACAAGAUGAAGGAUCAGCUGCUGCCGGAGAAGGGCUGUGGGCUGGCUCCACCCCACUACCCCACCUUGCUGACAGUGCCUGCCUCCGUGUCCCUGCCCUCAGGCAUCAGUAUGGACACAGAGUCCAAGUCAGACCAGCUGACCCCACAUAGCCAGGCGUCCGUUACCCAGAACAUCACCGUGGUCCCUGUGCCGUCUACAGGACUGAUGACUGCUGGAGUCUCCUGUUCUCAGAGGUGGAGAAGAGAAGGGAGUCAAUCAAGGGGUCCCGGUUUGGUAAUCACGUCCCCCUCAGGCUCCCUUGUGACCACAGCCUCAUCAGCUCAGACCUUCCCCAUUUCGGCUCCCAUGAUUGUCUCAGCUCUUCCCCCUGGCUCACAAGCCCUGCAGGUGGUCCCUGACCUCUCCAAGAAGGUAGCAUCAACCCUAACAGAGGAAGGAGGCGGAGGUGGUGGUGGAGGUGGCAGUGUGGCUCCUAAGCCCCCUCGGGGCCGGAAGAAGAAGCGGAUGCUGGAAUCAGGGCUGCCUGAGAUGAAUGACCCUUAUGUCCUCUCCCCUGAGGAUGACGAUGACCAUCAGAAAGACGGCAAGACCUAUAGGAGCGAAGGGAACUGCGGCACAGGAAAUGGACAGAGCCUUGGGCUCAUGGAUUCAGUUCCCGGCUCCACCACGAACUUGCUGUGUGACCCUGGGUGCCGGAUGUGCUCACUGACAUUCUACUCAAAGUCGGAGAUGCAGAUCCACUCCAAGUCACACACCGAGACCAAGCCCCACAAGUGCCCGCACUGCUCCAAGACCUUCGCCAACAGCUCCUACCUGGCCCAGCACAUCCGUAUCCACUCAGGGGCCAAGCCCUACAGUUGUAACUUCUGUGAGAAAUCCUUCCGCCAGCUCUCCCACCUCCAGCAGCACACCCGGAUCCACUCCAAGAUGCACACGGAGACCAUCAAGCCCCACAAGUGCCCGCACUGCUCCAAGACCUUCGCCAACACCUCCUACCUGGCCCAGCACCUCCGAAUCCACUCGGGGGCCAAGCCCUACAACUGUUCCUACUGCCAGAAGGCCUUCCGCCAGCUCUCCCACCUCCAGCAGCACACACGAAUCCACACCGGUGACAGACCAUACAAAUGUGCACACCCGGGCUGUGAGAAAGCCUUCACGCAGCUCUCCAAUCUGCAGUCCCACAGGCGGCAGCACAACAAAGAUAAACCCUUCAAGUGCCACAACUGUCACCGGGCGUACACGGACGCAGCCUCACUAGAGGUGCACCUAUCUACGCAUACGGUGAAGCAUGCCAAGGUGUAUACCUGCACUAUCUGUAGUCGGGCAUACACGUCGGAAACGUACCUUAUGAAACAUAUGCGCAAACACAACCCUCCUGAUCUCCAGCAACAAGUGCAGGCAGCAGCGGCGGCAGCGGCGGUGGCCCAGGCCCAGGCCCAGGCCCAGGCUCAGGCUCAGGCCCAGGCCCAGGCCCAGGCCCAGGCUCAAGCCCAAGCCCAGGCUCAAGCCCAGGCCUCCCAGGCAUCGCAGCAGCAGCAGCAGCAACAGCAGCCACAGCCACCACACUUCCAGUCCCCUGGGGCAGCCCCCCAGGGUGGGGGUGGUGGGGACAGCAACCCCAACCCUCCACCCCAGUGUUCCUUUGACCUGACCCCCUAUAAGACGGCGGAGCAUCAUAAGGACAUCUGCCUCACUGUCACCACCAGCACCAUCCAGGUGGAGCACCUGGCCAGCUCGUAGAGACCUGUGCUGCCACCCACUGGGAAGAGGGGAAAGAAGUUCUGGUUCCUUCUUUCUCCAACUUCUCUUGGUGGGAAAAGUCUUCUUCCUUGACAGGCCUUGCCUCCAUCUCCUUGGGCCUCAGGCACGGCCUUCCUACACAGGAUACCAUGCUUAUUCUCAACUCCUCUUCAAAAGGAAUAUCAGCCCUCCUGAUUGGCAAAGGAAUAAGGAGCUGGUAGUGUAAUCCAGCAGCCUCCCCUUCCAAGCAUAGCUUUUCAAAAUUGGGGGUUGGUGCUCAAGGGAGGGAUUUGCUAUGACCUCAUAGAAACGUUUCCAGUGUGGGCACUUACCCUCUCGUUACCCUCAUAAUCCUCAAAAGUUGGGGCUGGUGGAAGACUAGAGGCUGGUCCUCCCAGAUCUCUGAGAGAAGGGAGCCCUAAAUGCAACCAGCCUCCUGUUCUAUUCUUGCCUGCAAAAGAACGGAGGUUUCUCACACGCCCCGAUGAGCGGGAGCCGUCUUCCCCUCGUGGUCUCACUUCACUUCCUACCUAAUGCUGGAAGAGGGAGAUCUCAGUGGGGGUCAGACCCCCUUUAUUUGUAAAGGGGCAAGGGCUGAGAUGUGGUCCCCAAGGGGCCAGAGAUCCCCAAAAUGGUCAAGGGUGGCUUAGAAGUGUGGGUUAAUGGUUUUCCUUGGGGCCUCUCCCCGUCUCUGCCAGCCAAGGCCCUAUACUCGGUCUCCCAGUCCCAAAGCCAGAGGAGCUGUGGGAGCUUUGUGUUCUUUAUGAAAGCCCAAAACAAAGGGUGUUGCAGAGAAGGGAGAGUUCAGGGCAAACACAAGGACUGGACUUAGCUCCCUAGGUGCCACGGUCAAUUGCCGGACACGGAUUUAUAUAUAAAUAUAUAUAUAAAUAUAUAUAUAUAUACCCACUCAUCACGGCCAUCUUUGUUGUAACCAUUUCUGUGUUUAUAAAUGCAUUAUCUCUCAGAA